GGUGCCGUCUCCCCCGCGCAAGCCGCAGGUGCCAGCGACAUCGAGGGGUUCCUGGCCGCCUUCUACAACCAGAGAGAUGCCGUCGUGCAGGCGGCGCGGAAGCUGCUCACCGACGAGCAGGCUCCUCGGAGGCAGAGGCUGCUGGCGGAUCUGAUCCACAACCUGAACGAAAACAGCCUGGCCGAGGACAAGGAGGACGACAAGAAAUGGUUCGAAGGUCUAGAGUCUCGUUUUAAGAACAAAUCAAGCUACAUGCGAUACAGUUGUGAAAGCAGAAUACGAAGCUACAUGAAAGAGGUUAGUAGUUUUAUUUCCAAUGUUCAUCCUACAGCAAGAGAUGCAUAUAAAAGGAUAAUUGACCUGAUGUCAGAUAAACUGAGAUCUGUGAAAUACAACGGAUGCUACUUUGACAGAAGAGAGGAGGAGGCAGUCCGCCUGUGCACUGCGGAGGGAUGGUUCUCUUGUCAGGGACCUUUCGACAGAGAUGACUGCCCAUGUAAGCAUUCUAUCAACCCCUACGGUAACAGGGAAAGCAGAAUCCUCUUCAGUACCUGGAAUCUCGAUCACAUAAUAGAGAAGAAACGUGCUGUUGUCCCAGAACUGGCAGAAGCUGUCAAAACACGAGAUGGAAGAGAAGUAAACUGGGAAUACUUCUAUCAGCUGCUGUUUACCGUGGAUAAUUUAAAACUUGUACACAUUGCUUGCCAUAAGAAAACCAACCACAAUCUCAGCUGUGACAAAACUAAAAUUUACAGGAAAAGGAAGCAAAACCACAAGAUUUCAUAGUGCUAUCUCUGGAAGUGACUUGCUUUUUACAAAAUCAUGUCACAUGCUAUCAUUUUUAAAUAGCUCUAGUUUCUUAAACAAAAACUUAUUUAGGAGUCCCUGGCAAAAGAGACUUGCUAAGUAAUUCAACUGCAAUCUCACAACACAUACAUUCAUAUCAUGCCUAAUUCUACUCUCCCGCCUUCUCACUUACUACAAGCCUUCCUGUGUUAAGCGCAAUAAAAUAAAACUGUGAGUCAGAUUGUAAAAAUGAGGCCAGAGGGUGACACUGAUUAUGCCCUACAAUCUCUUUCUUGCUCUGACAAACAUAGACCCAAAGGGCGAUUUAGUGACAGAGCUGCUGGCUCUUCUGUACCAAAAUACCUGCACUCAUCCACGACCAUGCCAUUUGCUGUUGCUUUAGAUGUACAUCUCCUAGAAGGAAGAUCAAGGCCAUGACAUAUCUUUGCUUUUACCACCUUUGUUCUUUGUCAUCUUUCCCAUUGAUUUCCCUCUCCUUUCAGUUUCUACCUUUUUAGCUUGAAUUUGCUUGGAGCAAUACAAGCAA